AGUCACCAUGACACUGCUGGGUUCUGAGCAUUCUUUGCUGAUUCGGAGCAAGUUCAGAUCAGUUUUACAGUUACGGCUUCAGCAGAGAAGAACCCGUGAGCAGCUGGCAGACCAGGGCAUCAUGCCACCACUGAAAAGCCCAUCUGCAUUCCAUGAACAAAGGAAAAACCUGGAGAGAGCCAAGACUGAGGAUUACCUAAAGCACAAGAUCAGAAGCAGGCCUGAGCAAUCAGACCUGGUCAAUAUGCACAUUUUACAAGACUCAGCUGCAGAGGGGUCCAUUCAAGCUACUCAGAUGAAGCUGAAAAGAGCCCGACUUGCAGAUGAUCUCAAUGAAAAAAUUGCUCUCAGACCAGGUCCUUUGGAGCUGGUGGAGAAGAAUAUUAUUCCUGUUGACUCAGCUGUGAAAGAGGCAAUAAAAGGUGCCCAGGGGAGCUUCUCUAAAUCAGCUGAUGCUUUUGCCUUUGAAGAAGACAGUAGCAAUGAUGGCCUGUCCCCAGAGCAGGCCAGGAGGGAGGAUUCGCAGGGCUCCACAGAAUCACCAGCAGGCACCAAAAACUCAGAGGCAAUUUCCUCUGCCACAUCAGGGACAACUCAGGUAAAAAAAAAGCAAUCAAAAUCAUCCAGUGAUAGCAAGAACCGCCACAAAAAGCCCAAGGACACCAAGCCAAAGGUGAAGAAGCUGAAGUAUCACCAGUACAUUCCGCCUGACCAGAAAGCAGAGAAGUCUCCUCCGCCCAUGGACUCAGCCUAUGCUAGACUCCUCCAACAGCAGCAGCUCUUCCUGCAGCUACAAAUCCUCAGCCAGCAGCAGCAGCAGCACUUCAGCUACCCUGGAAUCCACCAAGCACAGCACAAGCAACCAAGUGAGCAAAUGGUCAAAAGUUCAAACUCUUCAUCAACUCCAGUCACCAACAUACCCCUUUCUCCAGUGAAAACCACUUUUUCCGGACAGACCUGUGUUUCUUCUAUCAAACCAGGCCCUCUCCCUUCCAACCUGGAUGAUCUGAAAGUGUCAGAACUGAGGCAGCAGCUCCGAAUAAGAGGCCUCCCCGUAUCCGGUACGAAAACAGCACUGAUGGAACGUCUGCGGCCUUUCCAGGACUGCAGUGGCAGUGUGGUGCCAAACUUCAAUGAAAUAACAACGGUCACCUUUCCAGUCACCCCAACAAACACGCUGUCCAGCUACCAGUCACAGCCCUCGGCCAGCAUGCUAUCCAGCAGCUUCUAUCAGUUUGGCAGCACCAGCUCCUCCCCACCCAUCUCCCCAGCAUCCUCUGACCUUUCCGUCAGUGGCUCUUUACCAGACACAUUCAACGAUGGACCAAUGACUUCCCCACAGUUUGGUCUCCAACCAUCCCCUGUGCACGGCAGUGCUGAAGAAAGCCUAAUGGGCAGCAUGAAUGGAGGGAGCAUCCAGUUGGAACUGGAAGGGAUCGACACAGAGAAAGACAAGAUGCUGGUGGAAAAGCAGAAGGUUAUCAAUGAACUGACGUGGAAGCUGCAACAAGAGCAGAGACAGGUGGAAGAGCUGCGGAUGCAACUCCAGAAGCGAAAAAGGAACAAUGGCUUGGAGGAGAAGCAGCCACCCACCCAGCAUUUCUUCGGUGUUCCCAUCAAGCAAGAAAACACAGUAUCCAGCUGUCCAUUCUCAUCAAAACAAACUGCCUUGAAAGCCCAAGCCAACAGCUUGGAUAAACUAAGUAACUGUGGGACGCCGCAGCUGCCUCACAUUGUAAACAGCCUUUGCAUGGAGUCAGCGGGCCAGAGCACCAUCACCUCCUCCACGUUUCUAAGCCCACAGUGCUCUCCACAGCAUUCUCCACUUGGGACUGCAAAGAGCCCACAGCAUAUCAGUCUGCCACCAUCCCCUAACAGCCAUUACCUUCUCUCUGUGUCCCCUGGCUCUCAGGGAGAAGGGCGCAGUGUUUCCCCACAGGCCAGCAAUCGACUUCGCCCAGCACCGGGAGCUGGGUUGUACCAUGGGGAGCAGCAGGGUCAAAAGUUUUCUAUUCCAUCCCCAAGUUUUUGUAAGUCAAGCCCAGCCCUCUUGGAGGUAAAGCAGCCUCCAUCCUAUGCGGAUGCAGUGAAGCAGCAGAUGACUCGAAGUCAGCAAAUGGACGAGCUCCUGGAUGUGCUGAUUGAGAGUGGAGAAAUGCCAGCCAUUGCCAAAGAAGAUCGUUCCUGCCUCCAAAAAGUACCUCAGAUAACCGUGUCUUCGGGGAACGCCAGCGCUUCACUUCCAAAGGCCUCUGCUCCAUUUGAACAUGUUUCCUCAGCCCAACUCUCAUUUGACCACUGCACUGGCAGCAAUGACACUCACCUCGAAGUCUUAUUAAAUUCCCAGAGUCCCCUGGGAAAGGUCAGCGAGAUCCCCCUCCUGAAAAUGGGCGGUGAGGAGUCUCACUUUGAAGGGCUGAUCGAUGGGUUUUCCAGCAAAGUUGCAGAUGAACUUCUGACAUCCCAGGAGAUUCCUCUCUCGCCCAUGGAGACCCAACUGUCACCCUCCUCCGCUGAAGGCUCCGGUUUACAAAUGAGUUUCACUGAAUCGCCCUGGGAAACGAUGGAAUGGCUGGAUCUCACCCCACCUAGCUCAGCCACUGGCUUCGGCUCUUUCACCACCACCGGGCCCAGCCUCUUCAAUAUAGAUUUCCUAGACGUCACUGAUCUCAGCUUAAACACCACUAUGGACCUUCACUUACAGCAGUGGUGAAAGGUGGUGGCAAUACAG